AUGUCAUCUAGUACUAUCCAAUAUAUUCUCGACGGCGUCUCUGUCACAGUCGCGACGCUCCUCAUAUACACCGGGGUCCGAUGUUUGCAGAACCCUCUCUCCUUGGCCAAGACCUUUGGUCUCCCGACUGCAACCCGCGAAGAGGUCGUCUUCUUCCAGUCGUCGACGGGCCGCAACAUCGGCGCGGGUCUCUUUAUCUACAUCAUGACCUAUCUGCAAGAACGACGGCUGUUGGGCAUCUUCUUCCUGUGUUGGUCCACGGCGGGCAUGGCGGACACGAAGCUUCUCCUGGAACACCCUCGCGGAACAAAGGUUUUGAUGCACGUCCGCAACACCUGCGUCCUGCUCGUGCUGGGACCGCUCUUGAUCAAGUUUGCGAGUUGA